AUGACUCAACUCGCCAACUUUGUGAGUAAACUGGAGUCACAUGGCAAACUACUGUCACAAACAGAAAAUAAUCCAAAUCAUAGUGCAUGUGCUAUCACUUCGAGAAAUGGCAAAGAAUAUGAAGGUCCAAAGAUGAUUGAAAAAGAACAAGAGAUGGAGUUAGAAAAAGAAGAAGAGAAGUCACAAGCACCUUCAAAACAAGUUCCCAUUGAAGCAAAAGUCACUCCUCCUCCAUUUCCCAUAAGGUUAAGCAAGUCAAAGCAUGAAAGGGAAGACAAUGAAAUCAUGGAGAUGUUCAGAAAAGUUGAGGUAAAUGUUCCUCUUAUUGAUGCUAUCAAACAAGUCCCUAGAUAUGAUAAAUUCCUUAAGGAAUUAUGCAUAUCCAAGAAAAUAUUGAAAGGGAAUAAAAUUGUCAAAGUAGGUGUAAAUGUAUGUAUAGUGUUACAUAAAAGAUUACCUCAAAAAUUUAAGGAUCCGGGUGUUUUCACGGUUCGUUGCAAGUUAGGUAAUCUUCAUGUUCCACGAGCUAUGCUAGACCUUGGAGCUUCUAUCAAUGUGUUGUCAUAUUCUAUUUUUAAAACCUUAAAUAUUUGCACAUUGAAGAAGAACGGGGUAAGCAUUCAAUUGGAUAAUAGAUCUUUAGUACAUCCAGAAGGUGUGCUAGAAGAUGUAUUAGUCCAAGUGAAUGAAUUAGUAUUUCUGGCAGAUUUUUAUCUCCUUGAUAUGGAUGAUGAUGACUCAUUGAAUUUGAGUUCAAUUCUUCUAGGAAGACCCUUUUUGAAAACAGCCAUGACAAAAAUUGAUGUUUCUGAUGAACCAUUAACCGAAGAGUGUUUUCAUUUUACUAAUCUCGAUGUGUUAGCUCUUAUUUUAGACAGGAAUCUUCAAAAGGAUGAAGUGAAAAAACUUUCCAACCAAUCCAAAAUUGAAGAAGAGAUUUUGGAAGUUGUAUCUUGCAUGGACCAAAAGAAGAAAAUGAGGUUUGAUGUUCUAAAGCCGAAAUUACAAAUGACUAAUGAGAAACUUGCUCCAUCUAUUGUGCAGGCACCUGAAUUGGAACCCAAGACUUUACCCGAUCAUCUCAAAUAUGCGUAUCUUGGAGAGAAAGAGAGCUUACCAAUGAUCAUCUCCACAAAGUUAUCAACAAAAGAAGAAGAAGAGAUUGUCACCACCUUGAAGGAGUAUAAGGAAGCUAUUGGGUGGACUAUAGCUGAUAUCAAAGGGCUAAGUCCUUCACUUUGCAUGCACAAGAUCCUUAUGGAAGAAGAUUCCAAGCCCUCCUGA